GACACACUAGAAUAUUCACGACAGGCCCUAUGGCAGCAGAGGCAGCCGGAGGAGCAACCCACCCCCACAAAGAACUCCUCAGGAAUGAAGCAGUCUUUCAGGGCCGGAGGGGCUGCAGGCUCCUCUGCUCUCCUUAAAUAGCCAAGCCUUCCUCCUACUGCUGCACGGAGUUCACCGGGAGCACCACCCAGAGCACCACCCACGGCCAGCCCACAGCUCACCUGCUACCCCCAGACGCCUGCCCUUUCCCUCCUGGGUCAUCUGCAAGAGCCACAGCAUGAAUGGUCUGGAGGCAUCCUUCCCAAGUCUGACCGACAACUCGUCCCUGGCUGACUCAGAGCAAUGUGGGCAGGAGACCCCACUGGAAAAUAUGCUGUUCACCUGCUUCUACCUCCUGGAUUUCAUUCUGGCUUUUGUGGGCAAUGCCCUGGCCCUGUGGCUUUUCAUCCGGGACCACAAGUCUGGCACCCCGGCCAACGUGUUCCUGAUGCACCUGGCUGUUGCCGACUUGUCCUGUGUGCUGGUCCUGCCUACCCGGCUGGUUUAUCACUUCUCUGGGAACCACUGGCCAUUUGGGGAAAUCCCAUGCAGACUCACCGGCUUCCUCUUCUACCUCAACAUGUAUGCCAGCAUCUAUUUCCUCACCUGCAUCAGUGCUGACCGCUUCCUGGCUAUUGUGCACCCAGUGAAGUCCCUCAAGCUGCGAAGGCCCCUCUAUGCCCAUCUGGCCUGUGCCUUCCUGUGGGUGGUGGUGGCUGUGGCCAUGGCCCCUCUGCUGGUUAGCCCUCAGACAGUGCAGACCAACCACACUGUUGUCUGCUUGCAGCUGUACCGGGAAAAGGCCUCCCACCAUGCCUUAGUGUCCCUGGCCGUGGCCUUCACCUUCCCAUUCAUCACCACAGUGACCUGCUACUUGCUGAUUAUCCGCAGUCUGCGAAAGGGCCCCCGUGUGGAGAAGCGCCUCAAGAACAAAGCAGUUCGCAUGAUCGCUAUGGUUCUGGCGAUCUUCCUGGUCUGUUUCGUGCCUUACCACAUCCAUCGUUCUGUCUAUGUGCUGCACUACCAUGGUGGCCAGACGUCAUGCACCACCCAGCGUGUCCUGGCCCUAGGGAACCGCAUCACCUCCUGCCUCACUAGCCUCAAUGGGGCACUGGAUCCGGUCAUGUACUUCUUUGUGGCUGAGAAGUUUCGCCAUGCCCUGUGCAACUUGCUCUGCGGCAAACGACUCACAGGCCCACCCCCUAGCUUUGAAGGGAAAACCAACGAGAGCUCUCUGAGCGCCCGAUCUGAGCUGUGAGUCUCAAGGAGGCCCUGUGUCCAGGCCAACUGUAGACUGUUGCAGGAGGACCACCCACCCCUGGGGCACAUGUUAUCAGAGCCAGCAAGAGAAGUCUACCUUCUCCCACUGCUUCCUGAGCAAACUGAACUGUCAUCAGGUCCUCGUCCUCCUCCAAGGUUUGAAUUACAAGGUCAGAGCAAACCCAUCAAGAGGAAGAACUAAAAACAGGGAUGUCCUGGCCACUCCUCCACAGAGACUGGAUUGGCCCUGCUUCCCAGUAAUUCCCAGACACUCAGUGACUUCACCCAUGCUAAGGAGGGAAGUGGGCCAGGGGGACAUUUCUGGAACAAUGGGAGUCUUUCUUCCCCACUACGCUGUCAUAGACACACACAGCCACAAAGCCCUAUAGAAUGACCCAGAAGGCAGGCUGCCCAGGGCCCAGGAGAAGAGUCACCAUGAAUCUCAGUGGAGGCUGGAGAAAUGGCUACUAUUUCCUUUAAAGUUCAUGGUAUAUCGAGUAGCCCUUAUGGUGCCUUUGCCAGAUGGUCUCUCUGAGUUUAGGGGACACAGACUCUAAAUGACAGCCACAUGUAAGUACAUUUCAGACUGGUUACAGGUGAGCCCAGCAAACACCACUCUGGACCCCACCCCUCCUGCCUCUAGCAUAACAAUAUCUGAAGUGUAUCAGCAGAAGGUGCCCUGGUUAAGCACUUAGCAUUGAUGAACAGCUGCAAGAGUCCACUGCAGGCAGGGAGCCAGACAUGUGAAUCUAUCUCCAGUUCAUUCAAACCCUGGCAGGGGUGUCCUGAGCCCCACUCCCUCCCAAGAGGCCGCCGCCAGCCUCAGCUGCCUGUCUUGAGCUGCUGUUCUGGGCAGUAUGCAUUGAUUGUUCUGACAUUGGUUUUGCACUUUUCUGUGCUGCUCAUAUACAUAAUUGAGGCUUAAGACAAAGGAAGCUACUGUGCAGGCUCAAAAUGACACAUGACAUCCUCCCCCGAACUUCUCUACCCUUCCACUCAAGAAUGGCCAAGCGAUGCUGCAUGGGGCAGAAGUAGGGAAGCGCCUUCUGUGCUGAUGUUCUGGUGGCAUGGCACCUUGACAUGGCAUGUCUGCCUCAGGCAGACCGAAAGGAGGGCUCUCAGACUCACCCCUCUUCAGCUGUGUCCUGUGCAUCAUUAGAGCAACUUUGUAAUCUUCAAUUACAUUUUACCUUCCAAAGCACAAGGCGCUGGCCCUGUGUAAGCCUUAACUCAGAAAGGGGUCAGGAUUCACUUGGGGGACAAUCUAGCUGAUGAUAACCCUACUGCUCAGCACUGCCCCUUACAUGUACUGGCCCACAUAUCCUCAGUACACCAUCUACCCCAUGGCCCCUCACCAAGAUAUCCUGAUGAGGGCCAGCCCAUGCCAGCCCUACAUGUGCCUCUCUUAAAAGAGCAGCAGUGGAACAACCACUGCAGGCUGAGAGAGAAGUGGCCAGGGCUGUGACGGAGAACCAAGUGCUCCAACAAGAAGAGAAUGACAGUGACAGUCUGAUAAAAACCUGGUUGGCGGGGGGUGGCGGGUCUGGAAGGCAGCACUGCCUUUCCUGACACUGCGGAUAAAGAAGUAAACUUGGGUCAGCAGAGAAGGAACUUGCAGUUCAGUUUGGGAUUCGUUGCAUUGGAAUCUCACAUGGAGAUGCCACAUAGACAGUGAAAUAGAGCAACGGAGAUGUGUGGAUGGGCGUCUGGACUGCCCAGACAUGCCUUUGAGAGGCCCAAGACUUUAUUUUCAAGGACAGGCAUGGGGCUGAGGACAAAGCCCCCAAAAACCACCUCGAUGAAGAGAAAGAAGCUGGAGGAAGCUAGCACAGCAUGGAGUCCUCAUGGAGAAAGGAGGUGGUUCCGCCCGACUCCCUCCCAAGAAGCCUCCACCAGCCUCAGCUGCCUGGCUUGAGUGGCUGUGCAGGGCAGUAUGCUGAACCACUGGAAAGUCAAGGGGAGCACUUGACAUGCUGAGGGCUGGCCUGAGAUGCAGAGUGGGCCAGCAAGUGUGCUGGGAGGGGUUCAGGUGGGAGGUGUGGCCUUGACUAUAGACAGUGAGAAGGCAGGAUGAGGAGAAAGUAAGGCUUCUAAGGGGGAACUUUCCAGAAGUUUGAUCCUAAACUUAAACUGGGCAACCCAGUUAAUGAAUUUUCUCUAACAUGUUCAAGCAUGUGGGUACAAGGGGGAAGGCAGACAUCUGGGGCCACAUUGGUGGAGUAAUGGGGGGAGGGUAGUAAUAGAGAUUUGUCAGCUCAAAGCUCCUUAUCCAUAUACAGUUGCUCAGGAGCCCUUGUGUCUGCUGUCCCAAGGAGCACCUCUUGUCCUGGGAGAGCCUUGUCUGCCCUCACUCUCCCAGCCUCAGUCCUCUUCCAUACCCUGGGGGCUGUGUUCUUUGUCUUGUGGAGAUGGAGCAGCCCACAGCCAGAAUAUACAGGAUACCACAGAGCCUGGAAGGUGCCUGGUACUUGGACCAUAGCACUUGCAGCAGGGGCAAGUGAAUCUCUUCUCUGCCCAGGGCUGCAGCC